GGAAAAAUUUUCCCUAUUGCUGUUAAAAUCCCCAAUGAAGAACGAGGGGAGGGUAGAAUGUGGUCGAAGCUAUCGACUGCUGUCAAAACUUUGUUUUCAGUGCAUCAUCCAAAAUAUGCAUUUAUCCUACAGAAUGGCUUUAGUUGAAAAGUGCUCAUUUUUGUGCAUUGCUUCAACUUUACCAAGACAGUACUCCGGUUUGGAGAACUUUCCUUGCCGGGCAUGAGAUAUGUGUUUCUCGACUUUCUAUACGAGGAAAAAAGAUCAUGGAAGUUGAAGAAAUCAUGAUGAAAAUAUAUUUAAAUUCUUUCUCAAUGACAUUUAGCAAGAUUUCCUUAUAACAUGUGCGUAGUGUUCAAUGGAUGGCGAAGACAAUUCAGGUGAUACCUUGUUAGAUGUUGACAAAAAUGCUUGGGAAAAAACUACUGCUCAAGUAAUUCAAAGCAUUGAAGAACGCUGUUCUCGAUUGCAAUAUGAAGGAUCCACGACACAGUUUGGAGCCCAAAGUGAAUUUAUCAGACCUUGGAAUAGCCUUAAAGUUUGUCAAAAAACUAGGCAACCAAAGUCUGAUAACUCCGCUAAAAGUCGGCAAGAGAAGGAGGAUAAAACAUCAAAAGAUUGUGUACCAAAAAUCAACUUACCAGUUGAAUUGCAACCUGCAGGAACAGCAUUGGAAGUUCAUUUGGAGGAUAUCAAAUACAUUGAUGAUAGUGCCAAAAGCUCACUGUCAACUAGUUUAACUGAUACUCCUGCACCAAUACUUACCCAACCAGCACCAACAUCUGUGUGUCCUCAACAAUCACCGCCACCUCCAGUCGCGAGAUCCUGUGCUUCCGUAUUAGAAGAGCGUUAUUGCCAAGCUUUCAUCAGUUCUAAGAAUGAGCAGAUCGCAGAUCAUUGGAACAGACAUUAUACAUCACCACGUUUGCCUCCUAAUCAUCAUCCAUUCACACCAAAAUAUAAACAUGAACCACGAUUGGUUGUAAGUCCGCUUCCUCCAGAGAAGUUGAAAUUGGAAAGAGAUGGUGGAUAUUCUGAUACGGAUUAUUACUCACGGAACUCUAUUGGAGAAUCUGAACACCACACAGUCCAAAAUUUUUACAUAGAGAAAGACUUUAGGUAUUACUUUCAGCAUCCAUACUCUCGCCUCUUUGUAUCAUACUUUGUAAUAUUUUGUAAUUUCUUGGUGUUUGCCGAGGAUCCAGUUUCUCAUAGUCAUACAGAAAGUGAAAUUCCUGUAGUUGGCAAUGUUUUCUCCUUUGUUGCUACCAAAUACCCACCUCAGUGGAGUUGGUGUGUUUUGAAAGUUAUUCUCUGGGUUAUAGCUAUUAUCAGUGGUUGUUUCUUUGGGAAAUAUCUAAUUCAUCACUUUGUAUUAAAUCGUUUCUUCAGACUAAAAAUGUUUCGAGAUGAACAAGGAACAUGGAUGAUUAUGUUUUUAACUUCUUUGAUGUUCAUCUAUAUGUUCUCCAAGAUUUAUAACUGGUUCUUGCAAGCAGGACAUCCACAGUUUGACAUAUAUCGCAUCAAUUUACAUAUGGGCAUAACUAAUGCUAAUUUUAUGAAAGCUGCUGCUUGUGGCACAUGGGUGGGCGAUUUUGUUACAGCUUGGAUGGUUACAGACAUGAUGCUUCAAGAUAAUUUAUAUCCAAACUGGGCUCGCCCAUACAGAGUAUUCUGGAGAUCUCAUGGUCGCAUUCGAAUCACAAUAUUUUGGGCAGGUUCUGUUAUCAUGACAGCAUUAGUAGUUACUCUUAUAGUUAGUGAUCACAUUAGUUGGGAUAACUUAAAUAGGGAUUUUGUAGCUACCACUGAACUUUCUAGAGCUUUCCUAGCAUCUUUCAUACUUGUUAUGGAUUUACUUAUUGUGAUGCAAGAUUGGGAUUUUCCUCAUUUUGUUUGUGACUUAGAUGUUAAGCUUCCUGGACUUCAUGCAGCUUCUUUUAAAUUUAAUCUUUUUCAGAAGUAUGUUAAUAUGCCUGAUGUUAGCAUUCAUGUCACAGGUAAAUGGUUCAACUACAGCAUCAUAGUUUUUGUUAUGAUACUUGAUCUUAACAUGUGGAAAAAUCAAAUAUUCUACAGUCCACCAGAAUAUGGUCAAUAUAUUGGACCUGACCACAAAGUUUACUCAAUUCCAGAUGAGGAUAUAUUUUCCUCAAAAAAUUACAGCCAGUGGACCUAUGAAAUAAGAAGUACACAGAUUGAUCCAGCUACUAAUAGGACUCUUCUUGAAGGAGAUAUUUCUAUGAAUUCUCGAUACUUAGGCUAUCCUCUAUCUGUCAAAGGAAUGGCUUUCAUGCCAUCUCUCAUAGGCUUUGCUAUGUUCGGAAUUCUAACCUAUCUGUAUGGUAGGUUUGCACCUCCUGCUGAAAGACAGACAUACGGUCGGGGAAGGAAGCGAAAAAGAGAAGUUCCCCGAAGCAGUUGGCGUCGGGAAAGGGGAAAUCGCUGCACUCACUACCUUAUACAUAAUAAAGACAAAUAUCCUGAGGAGAAAAAGAAGGGCAAUCAGCUUGCUGAGUUAAUAGUUGCCUGGGAGGAGAAUGUAGGAGCUACAAAGCAAUGUGAAAAACCCUUAUGACAUACAUAGUUUGUAUUGACUUAUGCCUAGCUUAAUAGUGUGCUGCUGUAUUUGUGACAAAUUUUUGGAUUAUUUUCCCAGCAUGUUGCUUAUGCAAAAACUGAGUUUGAUUUCGGGCACAAUCAAAACAUUCACUUAUUUGUAACAAAUUUUUUGCAUUGGGAAUGCAGGAUAACGCAAUUGCUUCAGUUUGACAAUGUAAAUUUAUCAUAGUUAGAAUUAUCCAUACAUCUGAACCAUAUGCACUAAUUAUUAAUUUUAACCAGUUUAAUAUUUUGUAGCUAUCUUAUCAAAAAAUGGUAAUGCUGGUUGAUAUCUGCAAGGUUUGCAUAAGUAAGUAUUGUCAUAAUCAGGACUCGGGUGUUGAUAAUAAAUGUAUUUUUUACUAAUUUCUGUUGUUUUUCCCCUCCCCUCUUUUUAAUGGGCAGUAUUUGAUUUUCUAGGACAUUUUUGCACUUUUAGUUCAAAAACGAGUUUGGAAAAGUUAGUUUAGAAAAGAGGCAUUGAAUCUUGCUAAUAAAAUGCCUGCGUAAAGUAUUUUGAUUAUUUCUUUAAAUGGGAGAGGGGGGGGGGUCAUUUGCGUAAUCACAUUGUCCUCAGUAUUUUAUAUUGAUUAUAUUGAUUGUUGAUAUUUUGUCUUAAAUUUUAACAUCAGAAAAAUAAUUUUUUACAAAAUCUUAAGCCUCUAAAAAAUAAUAUCCUCAAACAUUCUAUAAACAUGAAAAGAAAAAAAAAUCUGCAAUUUUCCCUUUUAAAUUUUAGAUAGUGAGCUGUAAAGAGGACAGUAACCAAGGAUACAGGAUUUUUAAAACAAUUUGUUAGGUACAACUAAAGUUUUACUCUUUUAACAUUGUUAUUCAUUUUUAAAUUAACAAAAAAAAAAAAAAAAAAACCUUUUAAAUUAAAUCAAAAUGUCGAAGCUUUGUAUUUGAAAUGAUUUUAAAUAAAAAAAAAAGAUUGUCACUGAAUUUAAUAAUAUUUAAAAUUCAAUCUUUUAUUUGAAGCUUUGUAUUUAGUUUGUUGUUCACC